AUGAAUAUAAACAGCAGCAGUUUGUGCUGUUAUUUCGCUACAAACGGUUCUUUAUUUUGGUGCGAAACUGUGCCUUUCCCAUUACCUAAUGACUCGUAAAAUACGAACUGAUCUAAUUAAAAAAGAUGGUUCGUACUUUGGUACAUUGGACUAAAAGUUUAAGUUUUCCUACACGAAUUUCAAUAAAUAAAAAUUCAAGGGAAAAUGUGAAUACAGUUAGUCCUGCAGUGACUCCCACCGUUAGCAGCAAUUCUUUGUAUCCAUCUUGUUUAAAAAAUAAGGAAAUUAACAUGAGCCACAGUAAUUUAUUAAUCAUGGACGUUGAGCAAAUUUACCCAGAUCCCGACUCUGAAAAGUCUAUCAUGAAAUCCGUUGUUUAUUGCAUUCAUAAUAAGGAGGGGUGUAAAUGGUCAGAUGAACUACGAAAAUUAAAGGCACAUUUAAACACAUGCAAGCACGACGCAAAGCCAUGUACCAGCAAUUGUGGGGCGCAAAUACCAAGGGUGCUUAUGGAAGACCAUUUGAAAUAUACAUGUCCUCAUAGGAGAGCCAGGUGCGAGUUUUGUACAAAGGACUUUACGGGGGAGUCAUUGGAAAAUCAUAUCGGCAAUUGUGGCCAUGAACCGGUAUAUUGUGAAAAUAAAUGCGGGUUAAAAGUACAACGCCGAAUUUUAAGCCAACACAAAACCUCCGAUUGCUUCAAGCGGCUUGUAGCUUGUCGCUACUGCAAAAAGGACUUUAUAGCCGACACCAUGGCGGCGCAUCACAUUAAAUGCGGGAGUGUUCCAGUUGGUUGUCCCAAUAGAUGCGAAACGACAAAUUUAACACGUGAAGACAUGGAGCUGCAUUUGAAAGAAGAAUGUACCAUCUCCGUGCUGAGUUGCUCGUUUAAAGAAGCCGGAUGUCGCUUUAAGGGUCCCAGGUUUUCAAUAGAUAAACACUUAGAAGAGAGUUCGUCACAGCACCUUUCCCUAGUGUGUAAUCUGGUAAACAAGCAGCAACACCAAAUAGCGUCGCUCAAAAGUGCACUGUCGCGCCUUUCCCUAAAUUAUUCUGGAACGUUGAUUUGGAAAGUGAGCGACUUCUCAGCAAAAAUGAGCGAGGCCAAAACGAAGGAAGGCAUGGAGUUAGUAUCACCGCCCUUUUACACUAGUCAAUACGGAUACAAGUUACAAGCGUCCUUGUUUCCGAACGGAAACGGAGCGGGAGAAAACAGUCACAUAUCAAUCUACAUCAAAAUACUGCCAGGCGAAUACGACGCCCUGCUCCGUUGGCCUUUCGCCCAUUCCGUCUCCUUCACCCUGUUCGACCAGUCGAUGUGCCCCGAGAAGGCGUGCAACAUCAUGGAAAGCUUCAUUCCCGAUCCGACGUGGAAAAACUUCCAAAGGCCCAGCAUAGAGCCGGACUCCUUGGGCUUCGGCUUUCCCCGCUUCGUAUCGCACGACAUUCUCAAGAAGAGAAACUUCGUCAGGGACGACACUCUUUUUAUACGAGUUAAAGUUGACCCUAGCAAAAUAAUUGCCGUGUAGGAUCUCAAGAAAAUAUGCGUUCAUCCGGGCGAAGCGGACGCGAUGGACGAACCGCAUAAUGUUAUUCCAUAAAUCAAAAUGUAAAUACGUUCACUAGAACGAAGCCGCUGACCGCAAUUACGUUUAAUUAAAGUGUGGCGAGGCGAGUCCUGAUCAGCCUGAAUUGUUAUGAUGAUUUUGGUCCAAGCGAACAUUACGCCCUAUUCGUUUGGAUGAACGCAUAUUCUUUUUUAACCAAGACUGUUUUUGAUUUUGUAAAUAUAAACCAUUCUAAUAGGGGAUCCACGAUUUUUGGGGAAGUUCGUGUAGUGGCUAUGACUUUGUGAACUAGGCAGAAUUAGUCCAUACUAAAUUUUACAGUUCGAACAAGAAGUGCUCAAUAUGAUAACUUUAGUACCUGGGUCUAGAACAUUGUACGGACACAAGACCUAGUUUACAAAGUGUAGUAGGUACCUGUAAUUGUAAAGUCGCUGCAGUUUAAUUUUCCCUACAAGUUUGUAACAAUCUUAGAUAAGUUUUAAUGUUGUAGGUAAGUUGUGAUAGCUGAAGUAAACCAAAGUUAUAUUAGGA